UAAAAACUUUAUCAACUCUCGAACUUUCCAGUCUGGAAAUAGGAGAAAAUAUAUAUCUGGAAGUAUCAACUUUUAUCACUCAAAACCCCUAAUCGGACCAAAUCCUAGGGUUUACACUAACCGGACCCAGACGGCCAGACCCAGGAACCCAAUCAGUGUUUGUGUUGCUAAAGAUUGCAAUGGAGGUGGGUAGUGUCACUAAUUCUUCUGUUGAAAGGACAAUUUGGGCUUGCUCUGUUGUGGAAGCUAUGGUGGUUGAGACUGCUGUUUCUGCUUGGGAGUCUCUUGCUCGCUUGUUCUUUGUGGCUGGAUCACUGCUGAAUGAUAUCAAUACAUCAUCAAAGCUGACUGCGAUUGAUGAGAGGUUUCCUUUGGAUGAACUUUUCAAGAGGAAGCGCCCUGAUGCGGAAAACAAAGAUGCUAGUGAUACAGAAGAUGACGAUGAGGAUGAUGAUGAUGAUAAUGCAGAUCCGGAUGAUGAUGCAAAUGAUGAGGAUUUCUCUGGUGAAGAAGGUGAGGAGGAAGCGGAUCCUGAGGAUGAUCCUGAAGCCAAUGGUGAAGGAGGAAGUGAUGAUGAGGACGACGACGACGACGACGAUGAUGGUGAUGAAGAGGACGAUGACGAGGAUGGAGAGGAUGAAGAGGAGGAAGAAGAGGAGGAGGAAGAAGAGGUUCCCCAGCCACCAGCUAAGAAGAGGAAGUGAAAGUGAUAGUAGGUCUUGUGUUUCCGUUUUGGAUAGGUAGCUUUUAGUAGGGGGAGAGGAUCCGGAUUGUCAGUCUGCAUAGAGUAGAAUUUACCAUAUCCUUGUUCUGAAUGAACCUCUUUCUGGUACCAAUGGUGUUAUGUUGCCAGAGAAUAUUGUGCUGUAUAAUGUUUAUUUCCUUUUCCUUUUAUGGAAUUUAGUGGCCCCUUUAUUUUAGUUA